GGGUUGCCUGCCUGCCUGACUGCCUGCUUGCUCUCUUGCUGGGUUGCUUAAAGGAAUCCUUGCAUUCAGACAGCGGGACGUCCCUCGUUGGGAAGAAGCUGCUGCCCUAGAGAUAAUCAAUAACAGAUUUCAAGAUCAUCAAAUUCAACCCACAGGGUGGACAGUCAAAGUUUCAGAAGUAGACAGCUGACUGCUUCCAUAUCGAGACAUUAUCUGGGCUCCCUAAACCGGAAACCUCACUAUGGAUGAUUUCGAACGUCGCAGAGAACUCAGGAGGCAAAAGAGAGAGGAGAUGCGGCUGGAGGCAGAGAGAAUUGCCUAUCAGAGAAACGAUGAUGAUGAAGAAGAGGCCGCCAGGGAACGGCGCCGCCGAGCCCGUCAGGAAAGGCUGCGGCAGAAGCAAGAGGAAGAGUCCUUGGGACAGGUGGCAGACCAGGUGGAGGCCCAUGUCCAGAACAGUGUUCCUGAUGAAGAGUCUAAGCCAGCCACUGCAAACACUCAGGUAGAAGGUGAUGAGGAGGCAGCCUUACUGGAGCGCCUGGCUAGGCGAGAAGAGAGACGUCAAAAACGCCUUCAGGAAGCCUUAGAGCGUCAGAAGGAGUUUGAUCCGACCGUGACAGAUGGCAGUCUCUCAGUCUCAAGCAGAAGAAUGCAAAAUGACUUAGCCGAAAAUGAGACAGCAGAGGGGGAAGAAAAAAGAGAGAGUCGCUCAGGACGGUAUGAGGUGGAAGAAACAGAAGUGGUCAUCAAGUCCUACCAGAAGAACAGCUAUCAGGAUGCUGAAGACAAAAAGAAAGAAGAAAAGGAGGAGGAGGAGGAGGAAGAGAAGCUGAAGGGAGGGAGACUUGGCGAAAAUCAGGAAGAAGAAAAGGGAGUUAAAGGGCAAGCUCAAAGACAAAUGCCCCAAGAUGACAAGCCUGCCUUCAAAAAGGAAGAGAUCAAAGAUGAGAAGAUUAAAAAGGACAAAGAGCCCAAAGAAGAAGUCAAGAGCUUCUUGGAUCGAAAGAAAGGAUUUACAGAUGUGAAGGCACAGAAUGGAGAAUUUAUGACCCACAAACUUAAACAAACUGAGAAUGCUUUCAGCCGUUCAGGAGGCCGGGCCAGUGGGGACAAAGAAGCCGAAGGUGCCCCACAAGUGGAAGCCGGCAAGAGGCUGGAGGAGCUGCGCCGACGCCGUGGGGAGACGGAGAGUGAAGAGUUCGAGAAACUCAAACAAAAGCAACAGGAGGCAGCCUUGGAGCUGGAAGAGCUGAAGAAAAAGAGGGAAGAGAGAAGGAAGGUCCUGGAGGAAGAGGAGCAGAGAAGGAAGCAGGAGGAGGCUGAUCGGAAAGCUAGAGAGGAGGAAGAGAAGAGGAGGCUAAAAGAAGAGAUCGAAAGGAGAAGGGCAGAAGCUGCUGAGAAACGCCAGAAGAUGCCAGAAGAUGGCCUGACUGAGGACAAGAAGCCGUUCAAGUGCUUCACUCCCAAAGGCUCAUCUCUCAAGAUAGAGGAACGGGCAGAGUUUUUGAAUAAGUCUGUGCAGAAAAGUGGUGUCAAAUCUACUCAUCAAGCGGCAGUGGUCUCCAAGAUUGACAGCCGGCUGGAGCAGUAUACCAAUGCAAUUGAGGGAACAAAAGCUUCAAAGCCUAUGAAGCCUGCAGCAUCUGAUCUUCCUGUUCCUGCUGAAGGUGUCCGCAAUAUCAAGAGCAUGUGGGAGAAAGGGAGUGUGUUUUCAUCCCCCUCUGCCUCGGGAACACCAAAUAAGGAAACUGCUGGCCUGAAGGUGGGAGUUUCCAGCCGCAUCAAUGAAUGGCUAACUAAAUCACCAGAUGGCAACAAGUCACCUGCUCCCAAGCCUUCUGACCUGAGGCCAGGAGAUGUAUCUGGCAAGCGGAACCUCUGGGAAAAGCAAUCUGUGGAUAAGGUCACUUCCCCUACUAAGCAGGUCUGAAACAAUCGGAGAAAGAACCCAACUGCAAGCCGUCUUGCUGGGCCAGCUCAGUUGGAGAGGGCUAAUCGCUCUGUUUAUAUUUAUGUUUUCCAAUAUCCCAGUAAAUCCAUGUAUAUGCUCACUAUAUUUAAUAACCACAACUAGAGAUCUCCAUGGUCAAAGUACUGCCUUUGCAGAGGAGCCUGUUUCUAAAGAAACCCAUGCUGUGAAGUAAACUCGCUACUGUCAUAUGAACAGUGACACCAACCACAUCGGAAGUCAACAAAAGGAAGUAGAACUUAAGAGUGUCUGAGGAAUGUAUGCAGUAUCUAGGGGGGGAAAUGACCCGUAGGCUUUGUUUUGUCUCAGUACAGACAUCAUGUUUCUGCACUUUAGACUAAAGCAUGGAAGAAAUUAUCUAAGUAGGCAAUCAAAACUCUCUGAAAAUAAUCCACUUCAGAUCUGAUAUAGGGCAGUGAUGAUUGUCUCAUUAAAAAAAGAAGAUGUUCUGUUGAGAUAUUGCUUUUUUUCUAUGCUGAUUCAUACCUAAAUUGGGUGAUUAUUUUAGCUGACAGUGGUACUGAUUUUUUUUUUCAGGUUAGUUGCUUUGUGGAUUUCUUUGGUAGCGACAGUAGACUGAAACACAUUUAGAUAACCCAACUAUGUAAUGUAUGUGCAUACGUGUAUACAGACACACUAAUGGUAGAUUGCUCUUUCAUGUGCUAGACUAUUAUAUUUCAUAGUAUUUCCUUGUAACUAACCAAUAUCACAGCUUUUGAAGAUUAAAAAUCACAAUAGUAUAUUAAUAUUUCAUAUUUGCCAGUAGAAACAUGGAAGUUAGGUAUAGAUAUGUUUUCAAUGUCCAAUGACUUAUAAGAAAAAAAAAUUGGAAAAAAAGAGCUUACAGGUGUCAAAAUUAGUUGAAACUUCUUAUAAGACAUAGUAUUUCGUUUGUAACUGAGGGCAGUCUUGAAGUCCAGUGUGAAUUUUAUUAAGUCUACCAUCUGGACAAAGCUCAAAUCCUGCUUAUUUGUGACCGUGAAGUUUGUCCCCUCCCCCCCCAAAAAGUUGACCUGCAUGAUAUCUAAGAUGUCUCCUUUCUCUACCACUUAGAGCCAAACAUUUUGGUGACUAAUGCACAAAUUAGAAUUCAUGUAGAUGUCUAAAGAAAGACCAACUUUGCUCAUGUAGAAGCAGGCAGGUAAAGCGAGCAAAAGCAUGGCAGUCCUACACUUACGGACUCACGCUCUUUAAAUUAAAAUGUUCUGCCUUUAUUGGUACUGUCAUAAGUUGAUAAUAUCUUGAAAUCUGAAAAAUAUAUGUAAAUUUUAAUAGUUUUACUCCCCCCCCACCAAGGGUCUUUAGGGACUCAUCAUUCAGAUACCAGAUCCUGUUUCAGCUUAUGACUUUCUUCUUCCCAAUAGAUAAAAGGAAAGUACUCUAGCAUCUUACAAAAAUGUUCUUAUCUAGAACAUUUUGUGCAUACAGUGUCAUUGUACAAACUCAUACCUCAGCUGACUUAACCAAAAUUAUCUUAGUCUCCAUUCCUUCCACAGUAGGAGAGCCUCUAAAAUUUCCAAUCCACAACUUUCUUUUCAAGAGGAAAGGGUUAGCUUGAGGAGCAACCACAGCCUUGAAAAGUCUAUUUUUUCCCAUGAAUUAGUAAGAGUUAGUUGGAUUCCCUAGCUUUUUGCAAACUUGGGCCAAAGGAAGGAAAGCCACUAAGACUACACAAGUCAUCUACCCAUGACAGAGUAGACACAGGUCUAUGACACGAUGAAUAGGAUGCACAUGGCACACCCAUGGAAAUGACUUCCAUCAUUGGGGUAAAACGGAUCAAAGCAGACGCUGAGGGGCCAUGGUCGAGUUAACAAAGGCCUUCUCCAGCUAUCUCACAGGCUUUCUGUGUGUUGUGUUUGCUUUUAAGAAAGUUCAGAGUCGCGAAAUGACUGUUUUGAUCCUUUUAUUCCAAUAUUUGGAUGACAAUGAGUUUUAGGGUAGAAUUUUCUCCAUUUGGAUUUAAUCUUUGAAGAAGCAAAUUCCUCAUUUACUUGUUUGAUUACAGCUCUCUGUUAUCUGUAAGAGAGGAAACUGCAAGCUGACUAGCGUGUUCUGUGAAUCUGCCAUCGUUAAAAACGUUGCAACACUUAAUAUUUCUCACUGAUAAAUGAUCGCUGCAAUAAAAAAAAUAUAUUGUGAAAAUGCAUCCACAAUAAAUGGAAUUCUUCCAGCCGUCUCUGCCUCA